AUGGUAUUGAUAGGGACCGUCUCUCUGUACCCACCUUUCAUAACAGAUAUGAAGGGGUACCCUCACGGGAACUACGGCAAUGCCGACCGGGCGACAGCCAGAUCGCUAGCCUUAUCUGUGAAGCCAUCCGCAAGGGGACUAUCGCAAUGUCAGCAAGGUUACCAAAUCACACGCAAACAGAAUUUGCCGGGCCGUAACCAGCCCAGUGCCCAUCGCACUAUCCUUAAUAUCGGCAUUUGCAAAAAACCGGAACGGAAUCCAGGGCGUGAGCUGAUUAGUCACAUGCCGAUCCGUGAUUCGUAA